CAAGUACGACGCUUCCUUAUCCCCCCAGAGUUUUACUCCACCCCCCGGGUAGAGUUGCCCGGUCUCUGUCGCCAUUUGUUAGACGGCGUAAAUAGCCUCUCCCUUUCUUCCGAGGCCCCUCGGCCUCUUUAAGAUACAUGGCAGGCGUGCAACUGCAACAACCCACCAUGACCGACUAUCGAUUGCCGCUCCAUCAGCCACCACCUGCUCGGAAGCCGGUUCCUGGGAUGCAUGCUGGUUAUCCAUUCCAGUCCUAUGAUGGGCCUCAUAAGCAACAGCUCUCUCCUCACCCAUCCCUCGCUCACAAUCGGGGCCGGAUGCCUUCGGCCAAUGCGUCGCCCUAUAUGGCUCAGCAGCAACCGUACUCCAAUACCCCUUCGCCCCAUCAUACCAUGACCUCUACCCCUAGUUACCCUCCCUCGAGAAGAUUGUCGAGCGCCACAGCCUCUACGAGCUCGACUGGCAACGCCGCGGGUCACUCCGCCGUUUCGGAUAUUCGCAGAAGCACGUCAUCCCGUUCUGCAAACUCCCAGCUGGGUUAUGUAGCUCUAAUGCGGAGGCAGAAGGCCACGGUGUGGUGUGAUCGAGCACAGCCGGAGGAUCCGCGCCUCCGAGCCCAGAAGCUUGCCGACAAGAAAAGAGCGUACCUUGAAGUCCAUGGCGCAGGCGCUGGUGGACGGGCGAGUACCCUUGGGAGCGGUAAAAUUAAGCACUCUAAAGGAGGCACUGAUUUCUCGCCCUCGAACCUCGUGUCGGCCACUGUUCCCGUACGACUCAGUGCCAAUGAAGUGGGGGAUGCGGAUGAGGAUGAACAUAGUGAUUAUGGAUUUCCUCAUCGUCGCACUGGAAGCGGUCGCAGCUCUUUGGGAAGCAACCAUCGUUAUCCCAGUGGCUAUCAGCGGACGCCCCAGGGCACCAUGGGAAGUAACAGCACUACCCCGAGUGAGAAGACAGAUUUGCCAAAUGUCACGGAGCAUCCGCCGGCGGAGAGCACUGAGGAAAAGAAAGUCAAAGAUGACGCCGCCACCACCUAUAGCUUCGAGGCCGCAGAUGAGGACAAUUUUGGGAGCGUAGGGGAGAUGGCUGCUCCCAGUGCAGCGACCACGGCGGCCGAAAAGGCGAGGAGGGCGGACGAACUAAGGCGGCGGGGUAGUGUGGACGACCGAACGAGCACGAUGACCAAUGUCCGACUUUUUGUUGCAAAUCCAGACCUCAGUGACUAGUGGCACCUUGUAUCGUCAUAUAUCGCAUUUAUCUCUCGGAUCUAUACCCAUGAAAAUACCCAGCUCGGCUGAAGUCCGGCAAGCAGUCCAACUUGAUGCAGUUUAUGCCAUCCUCCGUGUUUCUUUCUUCACUCUGCUUCCAUAUUUCCUUUUUUGUUUCUUCCCACCAGGAUUGCUCUCGUCGAGUAGUGCUCGAGCCCGGUCUGGAUCCCGGGACCCGUACCUCGGUUUUUGUGCUGUGUGCAGGCAGCCUGAUGCAUUGCGCUUCUUGUUCUAUUUUAUUCCCCUCACUGCAUGUUUUGGCUCCUAUGCUCCUAAAGCAUUGGGUUGCGUGUUACUGGUCUUGCAUCAGUGACACCUUUGGCGUCUUUUAUGGAUUUACGAGCAGC